CUAAGUAAUUAUUUUAACUAACUGAUCACAGGGUGUAAAAUCUGUGUUUUUUAAACUUCAAGAUCGUGCUACACAGUUAGCCUGCUGCUAAUGUCGGCAACAAGGCAACUGCGAUGAAAUAGUAGAGGUAACUUGACCUAAUGUAGAUGAGUGACGAACACUGGCAACGCCUCACAAGCACUAAUGGAAUGUGUCAAACCUGUCAAAGUAGAAAAGAAACAAGGUAAAUCUGUGGCCAGAAUUCAAAUAGAAGAUGAUGGCAGUUACGUCCAAGUCAACCAGGAUGGUGGGAAAAAGAAGCUGGAGAAAGCAAAGAUCUCGCUGAAUGACUGUUUGGCCUGUAGUGGCUGUAUCACAUCAGCAGAGAGUGUCCUCAUCACACAGCAGAGCCACGAGGAGCUUUUCAAAGUGCUGCGUAACAACAAGACCAGUGCAUCAGAGCAGAAAGUUGUGGUGAUAUCGGUGUCACCGCAGUCCAGAGCCUCCCUUGCAGCACACUAUGGCCUCAGCAGUAGUGAGGCAGGCAGGAGGCUUACCUCUUUCUUUAAAGGCCUUGGGGUGCAUCAUGUAUUUGAUACAAGCUUUAGUCGGACCUUCAGCCUGCUGGAGAGCCAAAGGGAGUUUGUGGAGCGUUUCCAGAGGAAGGAGCAGGACAGCAAGGCCCUGCCCAUGCUGACAUCUGCCUGCCCAGGUUGGAUCUGCUAUGCAGAAAAGACCCAUGGGGAGUUUAUUCUCCCAUACAUUAGUACCAUUCGCUCUCCGCAGCAGAUGAUGGGUUCUCUGGUUAAAGGCUAUUUUGCUGAACAACAGGGCCUGAGUCCACAGCAGAUCUACCACGUGGCAGUAAUGCCCUGCUUUGACAAGAAACUUGAGGCCUCGAGGACAGACUUCUACCUGAACAAAGCUGAGACCCGAGAAGUGGACUGUGUCAUCACCUCUGGAGAAGUUCAGAAAAUGCUGGAUGAGGAGAAUGUGUCCCUUAAUGACUUUGGGCCUGCAGUCCUAGAUACACAAUGUACAAUGCUCAGCAGCGUUUGUGGGGAUGAGUUCCUGAGUCAUGCUGGGAGUGGUUCAGGGGGUUACCUCCAUCACGUCUUCACCUAUGCGGCAAAGCAGCUGUUUGGAGAGGAGGUGAAGGAGCUCACCUACAAGACCCUCAGGAAUAAAGACUUCCAGGAGGUGACUCUAGAGAGGGAUGGAGUAGUCCUGCUGUCCUUUGCUUCCAUGUACGGCUUCCGAAACAUCCAGAAUCUGGUGCAGAAACUCAAGAGGGGGAAGUCACCUUACCAUUUUGUAGAGGUUAUGGCCUGUCCCUCAGGUUGUCUCAAUGGUGGUGGGCAGGUGAAGGCCACACCUGGUCAGAAUGCAAAGGAGCUUCUCCAGACGGUUGAGGAUCUCUACAAGGCAGAACGCCCCCUGGCCCCUGAGGAUGACACCCGUGUGGCUGAGCUGUAUCAGUCCUGGCUCCACAGUGUAGGAGAGGAAAGAGCCAAAGAGCUGCUGCACACACAGUACCACACUGUGGAGAAGAUGACCAGUGGGCUCAAUAUGAAGUGGUGAUCACUGAUUUUGCCUCAGUUCACGUUCAGCUGAUAGGAUGAUUUUGCAGAAUUUUAGGCCACAAGUUUUAAAAAAUGUUUUUUAACCAGACAGUGACUACAGAAUGUGUGACCAUUUCUGUCUCUGUUCAGAGAGAAGGGGUUUGGGCAAUGGGUUUAUGUAUGCCAGCAACUUUUUAAACAACCUUUCUCCUUGUCCAAAACCUGUGUGCCUGGCAAGAUGUAAGACCAAGGCAUAGAUGAUGAUAUACAUUGAAGCAAAUCAGAUUGGGUGGUCUGAUGACUUGCUAUUACACUACUGUGCUCUCAACUUUAAAAAUAGUAAAUCAUUCAUUUGCACGACACCUGUUACACACUGGAAAUGUGAGUUGAAAUAAUACAAAGCAAAAUCUAAUUCCAUGUUUGUUUAACAUAAUGAGUGUGUAUAUAUAUAUAGGUUUUUUGAAACAUGAAGAUGUCCAAUAAAACACAGAUUCAGGUUAA